AUGUCGAACAAACACGUCCUCAACAGGAUUGAAAACCAAAAUGGUGACCCUUGUGACUCUGAAGAAAGCGAUGGUGACCACCAACGGCACCCAACGUAUGCCUUCCAGGACGACAAGGGCAAAUGGUGGUUUUGGCCUUCGACAAUCGUCGCUCUCAAACGUCGAAAGUUGAUUAUGGACUGGUAUUCGCGCGACACAUCCGUACAGCCUAUAUGGGGUGACAGUGGAGUUACCUUCGCCUACCUUGCGGCUAUCAGCAUCAGCAAUGAUUUUGAUCAACUCACUGUUUGUACCACUGGCGAAGACGCAAAUGCUCAAGGCGCUCAAGAAUCGAUCGAUUAUGACAAAGAGUUUUUCAAUGUGCCCAUGGACCCGCGCAUUGCUACCACUGAUGACAAGGAAGCUUUCGAACGCACCAAAUCGAACCGACGGCUUAUCGUCGAGCACAGGCAACUAGCACUUGAAAACAACUGGGACAAGAUUGCUUCUUCAACAAAUUUUCGACUCCCGCAAGACGACCACGUCGGUGGUCGCUAUAGAGCUGUCGCCAUGGGACAGGAUGUCGUCCUUCUGCAUCCCCAAGACAAAGACGUUGAAGAGAGAAGAACCCUUUGGGUCAGUGAUGCCGGAUAUGCUGAAUACCGCGCGCGUGUCAAUCUUCUUACAUCCAAGGAUGUGGAUGGCAAAGGGUUUUACUUGUUUCCCAGCGACAUUGAAGUUCAGGAGCAAGACAAUGCUUUUCUCCGAGGAGCCGAUAUUUCCCCUUUGAUGGGGGUAGCAGAUCAACUCGCAGCGACACAGAUUGACCCCAAGAAGAUUCGCUGGUUCGCGAGCGGUGCGAUUUUUGAAGCAUUCCGCCGUGUGAAUGAACAAUGCAAAAGCAGCGGUUUUCAUUUGGACAAGGCAUAUCGAACUGGAGAACCCGAUCUCGACCAGAUUAUCCAAAGCUAUUGGGAUGGCCAAUACAUCCUAUCCAUGGCUGGUCAAACAUCACCCUACGAUGGGAACCAACAGGAAGACAUUGAGUGGACUGAGCUGGCACCAAAACCACAGAGAGUCGACUCUGAUGAUUCCGAAAUCAAACGACAAGAUGUCCCAGAACCUGGACAAGAAGUUUCGACAAAAGAAACCAUGGAGAAUUGGGACCCCAAUGAUUUCGGUGUUUCUGAUAUUCGUUCCUGGCUGCAAGAGCUUGCUACUAGACAUCCAGGGGAAAAGGUCCCUAAAGAAGACGAAUGGGCCAAAAUUCGAACCACGACAGCCAAGGAGGACUGGACCAUGAACAUGGUCAUCGAAGCAGUAUUCCGAGACUUCGAGAAGGAUGGGGUGCCAGUCAGUGCUCCAGAGCGCAGAAUUUUCUACGAAACUGCCCAGACCACACUUCUCCGAGAUGUGAUCUCUUGUGUCAAAACUUACUUCAGAGAAAUCAGCAACGGGACUGACGCAGUCCAAACUACCCUGAUUCAAUCCACUCGCCGUGCUGCAACAGAGGCAAGGGCCGCGUAUCUUCGAGAUGAACCGCCUUACAAGGUAACAAGACUCUUACCCGCACAUGCAAAGGUCCUAGCCUGUGGGUUCAUCUACCCGAGAGGCAACUUCGACGGUGUCAUCGCUGGUGCUCUGGCAGGGUGCCAGAAGGCACAUUUGAUGAACAUCAAGAAUGACAGAGACUCAGCCAUGCCUGCACUGCAAGGAACAAUCGCGUCAACCAACAAGCUGGAGGAGGCACGCAAGAAAGACCAUUCGGAUAUAUUGCAGAUGCAAGAAAAGAUGCAAGAAAAGAUGCGCGACAUGGAAAGGAGACUCAAGAAUACAGAAUAUGGAUUUUCUAAUUUGGAGAAGAAGUCGCAUAUCAAACUUAAGGCUGGGCAACUCGCCAACAAGUCUAUCAACAUGGAACAUCUUUCCAACGACAUCGCCGAUAGACUUAAUGCCGAACAUGUCAAGGAAAAGUCUAUUCAAUUGAAACAUCUCUCCGCUGAGGUCAUCCGGAAACUCGAACGGGACAGCUCUUCUCACCAGUCGGAUGGUCACCAUCGACCAAGCAUGACUACACCAGUUCCAGAAACUCCAAGCUUCACUGAUAAGCACCAGAAACCAGUUGCCGCUUCGUCUGGUACGCCAACCCCAGAAUCGAGGAAGCGAAGAAGACAAGUUGCCAUACUUCCUAGUGCAGCCCAAGCAGAACUCAUGAAGCAGCAAAUACCUGGCACAUCGCCUAACACGCCAACCCAAGAAUCCAAGAAGCAACAAAUACCUGUUGGCAUAUCGCCUAGCACGCCAACCCCAGAAUCCAAGAAGCGACAAACACCUAUUGCCGCUUCGUCUGGCACGUCAACUCCAGAAUCCAGGAAGCGAAGAAGACAAGUCGCCAUAGUUCCUAGUGCAGCCCAAGCAGAACUCAUGAAGCAGCAAAUACCUAUUGGCACAUCGCCUAACACGCCAACCCAAGAAUCCAAGAAGCAACAAAUACCUGUUGGCAUAUCGCCUAGCACGCCAAACCCAGAAUCGAGGAAGCGAAGAAGACAAGUUGCCAUAGUUCCUAGUACAGCCAAAGCAGAACUCCCGAAGUAG